AUGCAAAGACAUGAGGUGAAUGAAGUGGAGAAGGAACGUUGUAAAAUCAAAACUUCUAGAGAAAAAAACAAACAGCUUCACACCUGCUCACAGUGUGGAAAGAGUUUCAGACAAAAAAGCCUUAAACAGCACAUGAGGAUCCACACUGGAGAGAAACCGUACACAUGCCCUCAGUGUGGAAAGAGUUUUGCUGCAGCAUCAGGUCUCAGUUAUCAUCUGCACGUUCACUCUGGAGAAAAGCCUUUUAACUGUGAUCAGUGUGGUAAAAAGUUUAUUUCUUCAUCACAUCUAAAGGAACACCUGACAGUUCAUUCAGAUGAGAAGCCUCAUGUGUGUUCUUACUGUGGAAAGAGUUUUUCAUGGUUGGCCAGUUAUAAACAGCACCAGAAAACACAUGAUGAAGUGAGAGAUCAUGUGUGUUGUGAGUGUGAUAAGAGCUUUACUACAGCUCAUGAUCUGAAACAGCACCAAAGAAUUCAUACUGGAGAAAAACCUUACAAGUGCUCAUAUUGUGACAAGAGUUUCACUCAGUCUGGACACCUGAAAACACAUGAGCGAGUUCAUACUGGAGAGAAACCGUACCACUGUACUCAGUGUGGAAAGAGUUUCACUCAGUCAGUGAUUCUUGUGACUCAUAUUAAAAAGCAUUGUUCUGUGUCAGAGUGA